GUUUGUAAUCAUUUCCGGGUUUUUCCAGACAAGAGCAGACAGACGAAAAGCGUACACACAUUUUUGUGAAUCAUUAGAGCACUUCAAGAGGCUGUAUGCACUAGGUGACCAGGGAAACCAUAAUGGCUGAGGUCUGGGUAUCUGCCCUUGUGGGUGUUCUCAAGAUGGUGGCACUUAUGUACGACAUCAUCACGUUUGUACCCUACUAUAUUGUCAAUCGUCCUGACCACAAAAGAAAAUAUUCCAGGAGAGUCAAGGGCCGACCCAUUGGUGGGGUGCCUGGUGGACCAUAUCGAGCUGUUGACCUUCCAGGAGGUCAGCUGUGCACGUCCCUGUUUCCAGAUUGUUCCACCGUAGAUGACCUGUUUGUGCGUGCCGUCCAAUUAUAUGCUGCAAAACCGUGUCUAGGCACACGUGAACUUCUGAGUGAGGAAGACGAAAAACAGCCCAAUGGACGAGUGUUUAAGAAGGUUCUGAUGGGAGAUUACCACUGGAUAACCUACGAGGAAGCCUUCGCAAGGGCCACCAACUUUGGAAGUGGAUUACUCGCCCUUGGACAGAAACCUCGUAAAAAUACAAUGAUAUUCUCUGAUACGAGGGCCGAAUGGAUGAUUGCAGCACAAGCUUGUCUGAAAUAUAACUUCCCAGUGGUGACACUCUAUGCUACGCUGGGAUUGGAUUCCAUCGUCCAUGGUGUCAACCAAUCAGAAGUGUCCUAUGUCAUCACAAGCUCUGCCCUUCUACCCAAAUUUAAAGGUAUCAUCCACAAAAUGCCGAAGCUUAGUCAUCUAAUUUACAUUGGUGGUAACCGCACCCCACAGAUCAGUGACUUCCCUAGCCAUGUGAAGGUGCUAUCAAUGGCUGAGGUAGAGACUAUGGGAGCCAUGCCAGAAAACAUCCAGACACCAGUGACUCAACCAAAACGAGAAGACAUUGCAGUGAUCAUGUACACAAGUGGGUCCACAGGAGUCCCAAAAGGUGUGUUGAUUAGCCAUGGCAACCUCAUGUGUGGAAUGGCAGGACAGGUGCAAAAGAUAGCUGGACUCAGCCCCGGUGAUACCUAUGUGGGUUAUCUCCCCUUGGCCCAUGUACUCGAGCUGAGUGCAGAGUUGUCCUGUGUGGCAUGUGGUUCCUGUAUUGGCUAUUCCUCACCACUUACAUUGACAGACCAGUCCAGUAAGAUCAAGAAAGGAAGUAAAGGUGACUUGUCCAUCCUGAAACCCUCACUAAUGGCUGCCGUGCCUGUUAUAAUGGACCGUCUGUACAAAGGUGUGGAGGAAAAAGUCCAAUCCCGGGGACCUGUAUUUAAGGCUGUGUUUAAGUUUGCCUACGAAUACAAGCUCAACAAUCUUCUACGAGGAUACGACACACCUAUUUUGAAUAAACUAAUUUUCCAGAAGAUACGAGAGCUGUUGGGUGGGAACAUCCGUAUGAUGCUGAGUGGUGGAGCUCCUCUGUCAGAACAGACACAGCGAUUCAUGAAUGUCUGUUUCUGUUGCCCUGUACUACAGGGAUACGGCCUAACUGAGACUUGUGGUGCCGGGACCAUUACAGAAGUGGGAGACUUAAGUACAGGGAAGGUGGGUGCACCCCUGUUCUGUGGUGAAGUGAGACUACGGGACUGGCCCGAAGGAAAGUACACAGACCAGGACAAGCCCCACCCCCGGGGCGAGAUCUUAAUGGGUGGGGGCAAUAUUGUACAGGGGUACCAUAAGAUGGAAGAAAAGACUCUGGAGGACUUUACAGAGAUAGAGGGUAUCCGCUAUUUCUGUACCGGAGAUAUUGGUCAGUUUGAGGAAGAUGGAUGUCUCAGAAUCAUAGACAGGAAGAAAGAUCUGGUAAAACUACAAGCUGGAGAAUAUGUAGCUUUGAGUCAGGUGGAGACGAGCCUCAAGAUGUCUCCGCUAGUAGAACAGAUCUGUGUAGUAGGUGACAGCCGCCAUAGUUGUACUGUAAGCCUGGUUGUACCCAAUCAAAAGAAUCUGAAAUGUUUAGCAAAAGAAAUGAAAAUUGAGGAAGAGGAUGUUGAUAAAUUGUGCCGGAAUGAAAAACUCUCGAAGGAGUUCCUGAAGAAGUUGAAUGAGUAUGGUGUAAAAGCCGGUGUUGAGAAGUACUGUCUACCACAGGCCAUCACAUUGGUCCCAGAACCUUGGAUGCCUGACUCUGGGCUCGUCACGGACUCCUUCAAAUUGAAGCGAAAAGCAAUGGAGAACCAUUACAAAGCUGACAUAGCAAGGAUGUACCGGCGAUAAAGGGGCACUGCCUACUGGACUGGCAGUAGGAGGGCACGGCACGUCUGACAUGAAGGAUGUACUUUGUGGUAGAGAGAGUUGGGGGUUGCAAGGCUACUACUACCCUUUUUUCAUUUGAGGGGAAAAUACCCCAGCUGCAGGUUGGACAGGUGACUGCAAGCCACCUUGAUGGGGGGGGGGCCCUUGAUAAAAGAAGGUUGUUCUAUAGUUGAGAUGGGGGGAGGGAGGAUGUUAUGAUGGCAAACAGUCAAAGAUGAGUGAAAAAUAGGCUUUCUUAUUCAUCUCACACACACACACACACACACACACACACAAAAAAGGAAAAAAGGCAAAAGAAAUGUGAUUGGAAAUAUCAGUAUAAUAAACAGUGAUAAAUAUAAAUUAAUGUCUUAAUCAAAUAAUUUCAAUAGCUUAUUUUUAAUAUAGCUAACUGAUGAAUAGCUAAGUAAGGGAGGUAACUGUGAUUUUCUACAAUGUAUUUUUCUAAGAUUUGUAACAUCUUGUAUUUCUAAAACUGCCUCUGUAAACACAUUAUAAAUUGUGAUACCAUACUUGAAUGAUGGUACUAAAGUAUAUCAAUAGGACACCAAAACUCGGGUGUCGGAUUGCUGAGUUUAAACAAUCCUUUAAAUCUCUGUAUAUGCAGUUUUUAUUGUGAAGGGUAACAGUUUAGAAAACAUAUUAAAUGAUUUCAUUUUCGAUGUUUUCGUGGUCUUCAAUGACCUACACUUGAA